GACUACUGUCUAUCUCGUGAUUACUUCUAGUUCUAGCUACCUCCAGACAUCGUACUCUCGCCAUCACAGGCGCCCUCUUCAGUACUAGCUCCAAAGCUUAUUAGCCAUGUCCAGGGUGCUGGAGCCUCUCGUCAUGGGCAAGGUGAUCGGCGAGGUCAUCGACAACUUCAACCCCACGGUGAAGAUGACGGUGACCUACAGCUCCAACAAGCAGGUGUUCAACGGGCAUGAGUUCUUCCCCUCGGGGGUCGUAUCCACGCCUCGCGUCGAGGUCCAGGGCGACGACAUGAGGUCCUCCUUCACACUGGUCAUGACUGACCCGGAUGUGCCAGGGCCUAGUGAUCCAUACCUGAGAGAGCAUCUCCACUGGAUCGUCACUGAUAUUCCUGGAACAACUGAUGCUUCUUUUGGAAGGGAGCUGGUGAUGUACGAGAGCCCCAAGCCCUACAUCGGCAUCCACAGGUUCGUCUUCGUGCUGUUCAAGCAGAAGAGCCGCCAGGGGGUGCGCGCCCCCUCCUCCAGGGACUACUUCAGCACCCGCCGCUUCGCCGCCGACAACGACCUCGGCCUCCCCGUAGCCGCCGUCUACUUCAACGCGCAGCGGGAGACCGCCGCGCGCCGCCGCUGAUCGAUCGAUAGAUCGUCCACGGCAAACGCGCACCACCACGCAACCCUACGUACUGAGAUACCAUCAUCCUCUUGCAUGCCUGGUGGCGCAUGCAGGGCUUAUCAAAUCAUCAAACUAGCUAUAAACCUAGCUACUCGCCUACUCCUACUACUAUUUAGCCUAUCUCUCUGGCCAUCAAAUAAUAUAGCUCGCCUCGCACCGAGACUGUUCAUCAGCUCUUCAGUAGUGUGAUGUACUUGCGGCACUAGUGUGAUCAGUACAGCUCAGCUAGCUCCUACACAUGGAGAGGUGAAAGGAUCGGGCAUCGUCCUUGUUGCCCGGGUCGCCGGGAGCUGUUUGAGAGCUGAAAGACCGCCGACAACGUGUCGAGUGUUAAGGGAGGAAAGUGCCGUGGCCACGGCUCUAGCUAUAGCCUCGGCUCUGAUGCUCUCCUCGGUUUACCUCCUGUUACGCGUGUGUGUGGGAUGCUAGCUAGCUAGCUGCAUGCAGCUCAACUUGCAGCAGUCAGUGUACUUGCUCCUGAUCCUUUAUCUUUUUGUCGCUUGCUUUAAUUAACCUGUAAUUAAGUUAUUUGCUUGUGAUCGUAUAUAUAUAUUUGCCUGUGACAAGACACAGUAUAUAUA